AUGAGGAACGCAAGCUCCAACGCCACACAGACGCAGAAGUUGGACACCUUUGAAGAUGCGCUGGCCAAAAAUCUGAUCGUGGUGCUGUGUGGGCUCUUCAUCGUCUACGUGAACGGGGCCCUCGUGCGCGUCUACUUCAGUGUCCCCUCCCUCAGGCAGGAGGCUCGCUACGCACUCUACAUCCAUCUGGUGCUAAACGACAUGCUGCUGGUGAAGAUAGCUGUGAUGCUGCACGUGCUGAGCUACGCCCCGGGUUUCAUCAGUGUGCCUCUCUGUUACUUCUUCGUACUCGCCAUCGACGCUGCCUUCCGGAACACUCCCAUCAUUCUGGCUGGUAUGGCAGUGGAGCGCUUCGUGGCCGUGUGUCUGCCCCUCCACCACGCCCGCCUCUGCACGACCAACCGAGCGCAGGUCUUCAACGCGGCGACAUGGUGUGCAGGAAUCACGCCGAGCCUCGCCAGCCUGAUCUUGUCCUUGAAACAACGCCCCCCGCUAUUUCUCACCUCUAACAUCCUGUGCUACCACGCUAACCUGUUCAGCGGGCCAGUCCAUGCGAUGACCACAGCAGCGGGCAACGGUAUCUGCAUGGCCGCGGUGUGGGUGACGCUGUUCUACACGUACAUGCACGUGCUCUGGACGGCCCGCGCCGCCAGUUCGAAGAGGGGCCAAGCCCAAAAGGCCCAGCGCACCAUACUGCUGCACGCGGGCCAGCUGUUGCUCUGCAUGCUGUCCUACAUGAGUCCUCUGAUCAACGUUCUCAUGAUCGCCGUGUUCCCUCGGUGGCGCACCAAGGUGCUCUUUGGCGUGUUCCUGCUGACACACCUGCUGCCCCGAGUGCUGAGCCCACUUAUCUACGGCAUCAGGGACCAGAACUUCAAGAAGCAUAUCAAAAACACAUUGCUCUGUCGAGCAGGCACUAACAGCAUAAAAGUCCAUAUUUAG